AUGAAGCAGGCCUCAGUGCAGUUCCUCAAGUGGACCUCACUCUAUGACACAGAGAAGCCGUUUCAAAUAUUUGGUGACCUCAUGACAGAGUCUGUGGACCAUCGCAAAACCAAUUUAACUUGGGAGGAAAAAGAAAUUGCGGUGCAGGAUCUUCAAGGCGAUGCUCACAGUUUCGGGCUUGAUUCGCGCGACUUCACUAUGUGUCGUUUGCCAGAACUUACAGAGCUCUCAGACGGAGAAAUUAUUGCGGGGAAAUACAUACCAGCCAUCAAAAGAAUGCUGAAGGCAGAGCUAGAAGACGUCGGAACAGUAUUUGUAUUCGAUUGGAGGAUCAGAGAAAGCUACAAUGAGGUGAAGGUCGGGAGUAGGAUCAACUUCGGUGAUCAAACUCAGCCUCUGCUCCGGAGCAACUAUGCCCACAUCGACACGAGUCCGAUUUCUGUGAUUCAACGCAUUCAACAAAGCUUCCCGAACGAUACAGCGAAGAUCUUGCAACAGCGCGUUAGGGCUGUCAACGCGUGGAAGCCACUAUCGCACCCAGUGGAUGAGUGA